AUGGUGAGCGCAGGGCCGGGGCCAUGGGCUCGGAACGCGGAGAAGGCCAUGACGGCCUUGGCAAGGUUUCGCCAGGCUCAGCUGGAGGAAGGAAAAGUUAAGGAACGAAGACCUUUCCUUGCUUCGGAGUGUAAUGAACUGCCUAAAGCUGAGAAGUGGAGGAGACAGAUCAUUGGGGAGAUUUCCAAGAAGGUGGCACAGAUUCAAAAUGCUGGCUUGGGGGAAUUCAGAAUCCGGGACCUGAAUGAUGAAAUAAACAAACUUCUGAGGGAGAAAGGGCACUGGGAAUUCAGAAUAAAGGAGCUGGGAGGCCCUGACUAUGCUCGGAUUGGGCCGAAAAUGUUGGAUCAUGAAGGGAAAGAAGUUCCAGGAAACAGAGGUUACAAAUACUUCGGAGCUGCAAAGGAUCUACCAGGAGUUAGAGAACUUUUUGAAAAGGAACCCGUCCCUCCGCCUCGGAAGACUCGAGCUGAGCUUAUGAAAUCCAUUGAUGCAGAAUACUAUGGCUACAGGGAUGAAGAGGAUGGUAUUCUGGAGCCGCUGGAGCAAGAACAUGAAAAGAAAGUUAUAGCAGAAGCAGUGGAAAAAUGGAAAAUGGAAAGAGAAGCACGACUUGCAAAAGGUGAGGAAGAGGAGGAAGAAGAUAUCUAUGCUGUCAAUGACGAUGAGUCUGAUGAGGAAGGUGGCAAGGAGAAAGGUGAAGAAGGCCAACAGAAAUUCAUCGCACACGUUCCAGUGCCAUCUCAACAGGAGAUUGAGGAAGCUCUUGUACGGAGAAAGAAGAUGGAGCUUCUUCAGAAGUAUGCCAGUGAAACCCUCAUGGCUCAGAGUCAGGAGGCAAAGACGCUUUUAGGAUUGUAACAUUGCACCAGUGUGUCCUGGGUUUUGUACAAGCCAGCUAAAAGCAGGAGGUUCAUGUAUUCUGGUCGCAGUCACUAUCAUCUGCCAAAGUCCCUUUGGAUGUUAAGAGUAAACUGAUGAAGUUCCA